CAGGGGGAAGAUGAAAAAUUGUGAUAAUAAGAAGAAGACACAAGGCGAAGACACAGUUGGUCAAUUUGGAGAAAAAAGGCAUCCAAGUGCAUUCAAUUCUCAUCUUGUCCUCUUCGUAAACCUUCAAAACUUAUGCUUUAAGUCUUAACCACUCUUCCCCCAAUUCUAAACCCAACUAUCGUUUUUUCAAUCCUCAAUCCUCAAUACCCAAUUUCCCAUUUCUUCCUUAUCUUUCUCCCUCAAAUUCUCCUCUUUUUUCCCCAAUCCCUCCCUGUUUUUCCUUUCUUUUCCAUCAUUAUUAGCUUUUAUGGUCACAAUUAAAGCUGACCCACAAUGGUUUCUGUCAAUCCUCUAAACUUGUCUCUCAAUUUCACCGUUUCUUUUCAUUAGAUAGACUGAUAAAGGGGAUUUGCAAUUUGUUUGGAGAUGAAGCGAGUUGUUCCAGAUGGGGAUGGGGAUCGGAAGACGGGGAAGAAACCUAGGGCGGAGACCCAAGAUUGUGCCGGAGGAGGAGACCCUUCCGACAGGACUGGAUUUAUGAAUUUGGAUGAUAAUUUGCUGUUCGAGGUUUUUAAGCAUGUGGAUGCCAGGACUCUGGCUAUGGCGGCGUGUGUGAGCAAGCAAUGGCACAAAACCGCUGAAGAUGAGCGGCUUUGGGAGCUGAUCUGCACCAGACACUGGGCCAACACCGGCUGCGGCAACCAACAACUCCGAUCUGUAGUUCUGGCCCUCGGUGGCUUCCGUCGCCUUCACUCUCUUUUCAUCUGGCCUCUCACCAAGCCCCAAUCCUCGUCUUCCUCCUCCUCCACAUCUUCGUCGGCGUCCUCUUCCUCGUCGGCGUCUUGGUCUCCGUUUCCAGCGAUGAUUGGAUCGAAACCGCCAGCCCGGUGGGGGAAGGAUGAGGUCCAUCUCUCGCUGUCCCUUCUCUCAAUUCGUUACUACGAGAAGAUGAAUUUCAGCAACAGAGGCAGCAGAUGAGUGGUGUGGCUGUGGCAUAUUCAGUCCAUUUAACCAAUUUGGUUUCAAGUUUGGCAAUUGAAAUUUCCCUUUCAAUGUGUUUUGGAUUUGAUCUGGGGUUGUUUUCUUUUUCUCUUUCUUUUUUGGUUAAUUAGAUCUGUAUCCGGUUUGGGUGUGUACUUUAUAAGACGACAUAAAUUAAAUCUCUAACUUUGUGUAUUAUCCGUC